AUGGUCAACGUUCGCCGCCUUGCCACUACCUUGACGGCUUUGCUGCCUUUGGCAUCUGCUGCCCCGACCCAGACGCAGCAGAAGCGCGAAGUCAUCCAGGGCAAAUACAUCAUCACCCUCAAGGACAGUGCCAGCUCUGCCGACGUCGAGUCCCAUCUCGGCUGGGUCUCGAGCGUUCAUGCCCGAAGUCUCUCCAAGAGAGAUACCGCCGGUGUUGAGAAGACCUACAAGAUCAACUCAUGGAACGCCUAUGCUGGCGAGUUUGACGAUGACACGAUUGCCGAGAUCAAGGCUAAUGCGGAUGUCGCAAGCGUCGAGGAGGACCAGGUCUGGUAUCUUCCCUAUGAGGCCGACAAGACCGAGAACGCUGCUCGUGCCUUGGUGACAGAGUCCAGUGCCACUUGGGGUCUCGGAACAGUUUCCCACCAGGAGCCUGGACACACCGACUACAUUUACGACUCCUCAGCCGGCACUGGCACAUAUGCCUACAUUGUGGACACUGGUCUCUUGACUACCCACACCGAAUUCGGCAGCAGAGCCUCAUACGGAUACAAUGCCGUCGGCGGCUCCAACGUUGACAGCGUCGGCCACGGUACCCACGUUGCCGGCACCAUUGGUGGUACCACGUACGGUGUCGCCAAGCUCACCACCCUGAUUGCCGUCAAGGUCUUCCAGGGCGAGUCCAGCUCAACCUCGAUCAUCCUGGACGGCUACAACUGGGCUGUCGAUGACAUCACCUCCAACGGCCGCGAGUCCGUCUCUGCCAUCUCCAUGUCCCUGGGUGGUAGCUACUCUGCUACCUUCAACAGCGCCGUCAACGCUGCUUACACUGAGGGUGUCCUGACCGUCGUCGCUGCCGGAAACGACGCCGCCAAUGCCGCCAGCUACUCGCCCGCUUCGGCCGCCAACGCCGUGACCGUCGGUGCCAUUGACUCGGACUGGUCCCAGUCCUACUACUCCAACUACGGCUCCGUCUUGGACGUCUACGCCCCCGGCAGCAGCAUCCUGUCGGCCUGGAUCGGCUCCAACACGGCCACCAACACCAUCUCGGGUACCUCCAUGGCCACCCCCCACGUCACGGGUCUGGCUCUGUACUUGAUUGCUCUCGAGGGUCUCAGCACGCCCGCUGCCGUCAUUGCCAGAAUCAAGGCUCUGGCUACCAGCGGCGAGAUCACCGACAUUGGCACCGGCAGCCCCAACCUGAUCAUCUACAACGGCAACGGCGCAUAA